AUGCAUCAGCUUACCAGAACCAAGUGCUCAGAGACUUCUCAUAUCCUUGAUCCCUCAUAUCUUUCUACUGCCAAUAAGUAUCCGACGCACAUCUACGUCGACUGCAAAGGCAAUAUACAUGACCCAGACUAUCGUUAUUUUCCUGUUCUGUCAUCGUCUUACGCACCGACAUCCUCGUCCGAUUCACCCAUGGCUAUUUACAAUGUAUGGCCGCACCGGAAAUCCGGCCGCUCAUCCACUCGCGGCGACGACAAUGACAACGACAAUCAAGUGGACUACUUCAGUCCAUUCGCAGUUAACGCGCGUAGACGAACAUCGUUUACAAGCAACAUGCCUCAAUAUCUCUCCCCGUUUAUAGUCCGCCCUCCUUCCGACGAUAUCAAGGAAGGGUGGGAAUGGAACAGCUUGAAGGACGUCGUUCGUUCAAUUAAGUGGGGUUGUGCGUCCCUGUAUUCGACAGUGAAAGAGUUUGAGAUACCUCUGGUCGAUCGACCAGAGUUGAAUGAAGAAGUUGCAGAAGAAGAGCAAUACAAGACAAAACGACCCACUGCUACAUGUUCAGAGGGGAUGGUACUGGAUACAACUCCGUGUCAGCUUUGGUGUUUUUAG